AAGAUGGAAGGAAAUAACCAAACCAUGGUGACAGAAUUUAUCCUAAUAGGCUUCUCCAGCAUCUCUUCAUCACCACUUGUCCUGUCUGUGGUGUUUGUAUCAGCUUAUGCUGCAGCUCUGGUGGGUAACAUUUCUAUAAUCACACUAAUUGGGCUCUGUUCUACUCUUCAUACUCCCAUGUACUUUUUCUUAAUCAACCUCUCUCUUUUGGACCUUUGCUGUACCACUGCAGUUGUUCCCCAGAUGUUGAGGAAUUUAAUGAAUGAGAAGAAGACUAUCUCCUUCCAAGGCUGCUUAACACAGGCAUAUUUCUUUGUCAUCUUCCUGAUCACUGAACUGCUACUGUUAGUUGUAAUGGCUUUUGACCGCUAUAUAGCCAUCUGUCACCCUUUACGCUAUACUGUCAUCAUGAACCAGAAAGUGUGCAAUUACCUGGUGAUUGGGAUAUGGUUAUGUGGUGUCCUCCUUGCAAACAUUCAUGUUCUCUCCCUCCUCCGCUUGUCCUUCUGUGGACCUAGUACCAUCAAUCACUUCUUUUGUGAACUACCUCCACUGCUUCAGCUCUCUUGCACUGACACAUCCUUCAACCGAUACUUGAUGCUGGUGACGGACAUUUUCUUGGGAUUUGGUUGCUUUUUAUUGACUUUAGUUUCUUAUGUCUACAUUGCUUCCUCCAUCCUGAAGAUACGUUCCACACAAGGGAAGAAGAAGGCUUUCUCCACUUGCUCUUCCCAUGUAAUAGUGGUGACAAUUUUCUACAGCUCGGCAAUUUACACCUAUGUUAGACCUCCAUACCUGUACCAGGAUAUAGACAAAAUUGUUGCUGUACUGUACACUGUGCUCACUCCUGUUCUCAACCCUCUUAUCUAUAGUCUGAGGAACAAGGAAGUGAAAGAGGCAUUCAAGAAAUCUGUGAGGCUAAACAGAAACUAG